UUCCCCCCCAAAAAUAAUCAUAUGUUGGACAAUAGGAGUGAGGCGCGGUUAAUACAUUUGAGUUUGAGAGAAGAAGAAAGCAAAACAGACAAAAAGAAAAAUGGCGGGAGAGAACACUAUGAAGCAAAGGCCUCUUCCUGUUCCGUCUUCUUCUCCGUCAAUGAGAGCGAAAAUGGAGGAAACAACAAAGGAAAAAUGCUGGAGAAUGGAAGUCGACGAGAAUCUGAAGCGCCUCCAGUCCCUUCAGUUCGGCGUCGACCACGCCCUCACCACCCAGGACUUUUCCUCCGCCUAUGUCCUCGGCCUCCGCCUCCUCGGCUUCCUCGACUCCCACUCCCAUUCCGACGUCGACGAAGCCUUCAUCCACCCUAUUCGCCGCCAAACCCUCUCCACUCUUGCCUCCGCUCGCCGUUCCCUCACUCCUGAUUCCGAUCGUCUAGCUUUUGAACAAGCAAAGAAGCCUCAGGGACGCGUUUUUGCCACAUCAGGUGAAAUUGACAUUGACAAGAUCCGCAAGUCGAAGUACUUUCGAGCUCUUCUCGCGCAAUCUAAUGAAAUUGACGAGAAUCAGUUGGGUGAACAAAUUGGGAAGCAAGACGGAUCGUGCGAGAAGCCGUCAAAGGAAAUGCUGCAAGCGAAGCUGACGUCAGCGUAUGGGAAGAGUGCAUUGAGGAAUGAUAAUGCUACGAAGAACUUCUUCAAUUUGAAGGAUAAUUGCUCUGAGGAAUGCGUUGUUGUUGAGAGGCCUCAAUUUCAGAACAGCCAUACAAAGGGUUCUACUAUUUCUUCUUUCUUGCAGGUUGAAGAGGAAGAAAGAAUGAACUCGUUUGGGAAGAAACGUGUGCAUAUGGAAAUUAAUAAUAGUCCCAAAGUUGGUUAUUCGAGGUCACCUUCAAGCAAAGAGGAUGUUAACCCUGAAGUUUCUGGCAAUGGAUUUGUAACUGCUAGAGCCAAAUUGGAAAUGGAAGCAAGGCAAAAGAGAGGGGCAGUUGGUUCACCCAAUGCACCUGUAUCCCCACAAGGCGAUAAUAAUCCUUCCAAUAGGUUAUAUAGUGGGAGAUCGUAUGGCAUUUCACGACGUGGCUUCCGUGGUAAUUUUGUCCCACCCAUUAAAUCCAAUGGGAGUAAUGUUGGAAAUGUGACUUCACGAAUUGCUGGAAAGGGAGAUGAUUCUCUAGAUGAUUCUACCAAAAGAUGUUUGGAAAUGCUGUGUGGGCCUGAUGGUGAGCUUCCUGAGAAAUUGAGGAAUUUGGAACCUCGCCUCAUCGAGCAUGUUAGUAAUGAGAUUAUGGAUAGAGAUCCUAAUGUCCGUUGGGAUGACAUUGCUGGGUUGGAGCAUGCCAAGAAAUGUGUAACUGAAAUGGUUAUAUGGCCUCUGCUACGUCCAGACAUAUUUAAGGGAUGCCGGUCACCUGGUAGGGGUUUGCUCUUAUUUGGUCCACCGGGAACUGGUAAAACGAUGAUAGGCAAAGCAAUAGCAGGGGAGGCAAAGGCAACCUUCUUUUACAUAUCUGCAAGUUCGUUGACAAGCAAGUGGAUUGGUGAAGGCGAAAAGCUAGUAAGAGCCCUUUUUGGAGUUGCCAGUUGUCGUCAGCCAGCAGUAAUUUUUGUUGAUGAGAUAGAUUCACUCCUCUCUCAGCGCAAGUCAGAUGGUGAGCAUGAAUCAAGUAGAAGGCUUAAGACACAAUUUCUCAUAGAAAUGGAAGGCUUUGAUAGUGGCAGCGAACAGAUUCUACUUAUAGGGGCAACAAAUCGUCCCCAAGAGCUUGAUGAAGCAGCAAGAAGGAGACUUACCAAAAGACUAUAUAUCCCCCUACCCUCCUCAGAAGCUAGAGCUUGGAUUAUACGUAACCUACUAGAGAAAGAUGGAUUAUUCAGUCUAUCAAGGGAGGAAAUAGAUAUCAUAUGUAACAUAACCGAAGGUUAUUCAGGAUCUGACAUGAAAAACUUAGUGAAGGAUGCAUCUAUGGGUCCCCUAAGAGAGGCCCUAAAACAGGGUAUAGAAAUUUCAAAGUUGAAGAAGGAGGAUAUGAGGCCAGUAACCCUUCAGGACUUCGAGAAUGCCCUAAAAGAAGUGAGGCCUUCUGUUUCCACUAACGAACUUGGCACCUACGAUGAAUGGAACAACCAGUUUGGAAGCCUAUCACGGUAGACUGUAGAGGUUCAUCUUAUCAUUCUAUGGAGACGGCUUUGAAAAAAUCAAUUAGACAAUGGAUAGCAAAAUUAAUUUCAAUUGCAAUCCCUGCAUACACCGGGUAUUGUAUAGUUAAUAAUUAAUAAUAGGUAAAUACUUUAAGGAACACAUUGAUGGGGAAAAAGAAUUAAAAAUGAACUACGCAGGCCCCAAACGUUAGUUAUAUUUAAAUCACUUCCGUACGUAGAUCAACCAUGGGUUAUGAAAUAAAUAAUCAAUUGCGCCAGGCAUAAAGCAUUAUUCC